CCCGUACCUUAUAUCAAAAACAGUAUACUUUUUGGGUUCGCACAUUAGCUACAAGAAAUUUUAAUUAGUUCUGAAUAUGAAGUAUUAAUUUUAAUAUUUAUUGUUUAAAAUAGAUUAUAAUAUCGUGAGUUUGUGUUCGUGUAUACCUACGCAUGUAUCCAAGUUUUGCAAGUGUGCAGUGUUCCAAUACUGGUGUGUACGGAUUUAGGAUAUUACUGAUUUGUGGUUUCUGCGAAUGACCCUCUACGAACAGAUACCUAAUGUGGAAGCCGGCCAUCAUCUUUCUGCUGUUCGCAGCGCAUGUCAGUCAACUGGAUAGUACGGUCACAGAGUAUCCUCCACUUUUCGAAGACUUGUAUAAUUAUCUACUGGAAGGUAUAGAUUAUGUUAAACGUCAGACGCGGGACGAACGAUACGAGUUGAAGGAAUAUGAUUUCAUCAUAGUCGGCGCUGGUUCCGCUGGAGCAGUAGUGGCCAAUCGACUGUCGGAAGUGUUCGCAUGGAAUGUAUUGUUGAUCGAAGCCGGCGAAGAAGAACACUUCGUGAUGGACGUCCCUCUGCUAGCCAACAUGCUACAGUUCACUGAUGCUAAUUGGAAGUACAAAACAAUGCCCUCUGAUAACUAUUGUAUAGGUCAUUCCAACAGGCAGUGCAAUUAUCCAAGAGGUAAAGUAAUGGGAGGUUCAAGCGUACUUAACUAUAUGAUAUAUACCAGGGGCCACAAAAAAGAUUAUGAUGGAUGGGCCAAUGCAGGAAAUGUUGGCUGGAAUGCAGACGAAGUUCUAAAAUAUUUUCUUAAAUCAGAGGAUGCAAAUAAUAUCACUCUUCGAGAUUAUGGUUUCCAUAAAGAGGGAGGAUUUCUUUCUAUAUCAGAAUCGCCAUACAAGAGUAUGUUAGCUAAGUCAUUUGUUCAAUCCGGGUAUGAGCUUGGAUAUCCUGUAAGAGAUUUAAAUGGAAAAAGUCAAAUAGGUUUUAAUUUUCAUCAAUUGACUAUGAAAAACGGAUUAAGACAUAGUACCAAUGUAGCGUUUCUUCAUCCAAUACGCAAACGAAAAAAUUUAUUUAUAAAAAAAAAAUGUCACGUGACAAGGAUAUUGUUUGAUACAACUGGCCGUAGAGCAAUUGGAAUAGAAUAUUAUAGAGGAAACAAGAAAUAUAGAGUUUUUGCACGUAAAGAAAUUAUAAUUUCAGCUGGGGCAAUUAAUUCUCCACAAUUACUCAUGUUGUCGGGGAUCGGACCAAAAGAUCAUUUAAUAUCAAAAGGUAUUAAUGUUUUAAGCGAUCUACAAGUAGGCCGUAAUCUUAUGGAUCAUGUAGCAUUGGGUGGCUUAACAUUUACUGUAAACGAUACAAGUUCAAUAAAAACGCAAAGGGUUUUGGAAAAUCCAAAUAACAUACACGAUUUUCUAAAAUAUCACAAGGGGCCUAUAUCAAUACCAGGAGGAACCGAAGCAUUGGCUUUCUUUGAUUUGAAUCGUCCUAAUAAUGUUGAUGGUCACCCCAAUCUCGAAUUAUUAUUUAUAAAUGGUGCGGUGAGUUCAGAUGAAACGCUUAAAAAAUCAUUUGGCAUUAAGGACGACGUAUAUAAUCGUGUUUUUAAAAAUACAGAACAAAAAAAUACAUUUAUGAUAUUUCCUAUGAUUAUGAGACCAAAAAGCAAAGGAUGGAUAGAAUUAAAAGACCGUAACCCAUUUCGGUAUCCAGCAAUUUACCCAAAUUAUUUUGCUAACGAAAGAGAUCUGGAUGUAAUAGUGGCAGGUGUAAGAAUAAGUGAAAAAUUAACACAAAUGGAUGCCUUGAAACGUAUUGAUGCAAAAUUAUGGAAAGAACCCAUACCAGGUUGUGAACAUUUUCGAUUUGACUCAGACGAUUAUUGGAAGUGUGCAGCCAGACACCUGACAUUUACCAUAUAUCAUUUGGCUGGAACAUGUAAAAUGGGACCAAUAGGAGAUCCUACAGCUGUGGUUGAUCCAAGGUUAAGAGUUCAUGGGUUCAAAGGACUAAGAGUUAUUGAUGCCUCAAUUAUGCCUGAAGUUGUAUCUGCGCAUACUAAUGCACCAACUAUCAUGAUUGGUGAAAAAGGAUCAGAUCUAAUUAAAGAAGAUUGGGGUAUUAUCGUUUAAGUUAGAUAUUUAAAAAUUAAAUAGGUAAGCCAUUGUCUGUGAUAAAAAGUAAAAUAAAAUAAUUGUAUUAAGAGUAAUUUAUUUUAUAAUAUGUUUAAUUAUAAUUUAAUUGUAAA